GUGAAUCAGCGCAAUGUGCCCGGCAUCGACAGCGCGUACCUGGCCAUGGACACGGAGGAGGGCGUGGAGGUGGUCUGGAACGAGGUGCAGUUCUCGGAGAGGAAGAACUUCAAGCUUCAGGAAGAGAAGGUGAAAGCGGUGUUUGACAACCUAAUCCAGCUGGAGCACCUGAACAUUGUGAAGUUCCACAAAUACUGGGCCGACGUGAAGGAGAACAAGGCCAGGGUGAUCUUCAUCACGGAGUACAUGUCUUCAGGGAGCUUGAAGCAGUUCCUGAAGAAGACAAAGAAAAACCACAAAACCAUGAAUGAGAAGGCCUGGAAGCGAUGGUGUACCCAGAUCCUCUCUGCUCUGAGCUACCUCCACUCCUGUGAUCCCCCCAUCAUCCACGGCAACCUGACCUGCGACACCAUCUUCAUCCAGCACAACGGGCUGAUCAAGAUCGGGUCAG